AUGAAGGGCUAUCCGCACUGGCCAGCGCGGGUGGAUGAAGUUCCUGAUGGAGCAGUAAAACCUCCUACAAAUAAAAUGCCCAUUUUCUUUUUUGGCACCCAUGAGACGGCUUUCUUGGGACCAAAGGAUAUAUUCCCUUAUUCUGAAAAUAAAGAUAAAUAUGGCAAACCAAAUAAAAGAAAAGGUUUUAAUGAAGGGUUAUGGGAAAUUGACAACAAUCCCAAAGUGAAGUUCUCUCAUCAGCAGUCCCAUUCAGCUGUUAACAGUCCUCUCAAAGAAACUGUUCAAGAAAGCAGUCCAGAGCCUUCUGAGGGGAGCGAAGAAAAAGCAGGAGCUAAAAGGAGAAAGCCUGCUGUCCCAAAGUUAUCUUCUAAAGAGGAUAAUAGCUUAGCUGCAGAAGGUGAAACAGAAGAAAAAGAUAUGGAUCCUACAAAGGAAGAUGAUGUACCCUGUGAAAAAACAAGUAGUGAAGAUGUGGUGAAAACAAGUGAUACAUCUAUUCCUAAAGUUGCUAGAAGAGGAAGAAAAAGAAAGGCUGACAAACAAGCUGAAGCUGAAGAAGCAGCAGUAGUGCCAACAGCAGCAGCAGUGGCAGCAGCUGCUGUAGCAGUGGCUCCAAAAGUAAGCCCCAAAAGAGGAAGGCCAGCAGCCUCUGAAGUAAAGAUUCCGAAACCAAGAGGGAGACCCAAAUUGGUGAAACCACCUUGUCCUUCAGAGGGUGACAUUGUUAAUGAGGAAGAUAAAGUGAAGAAAAAAGGACCAGAAGAGAAACCCAAGAAGCAAGGGAAAAAAGAUGAGGAGAAUCAGAAGGAAGAAGAAAAAACAAAGAAGGAAUUUGACAAAAAAGAAGGAAAGAAAGAGGCUGAAGCGAAGAGGAGAAAUGCUGGGAAAGUUGGGUCGGUGUCAGCAUCUGAUUCAGAAGAUGAGGGAGAUGAACAAGAAAGUGACAAGAAGAAAAAAGGAGGAAGAGGCUUUCAAGCAGCUCACAGAAGAAAUGUCGUAAGAGGCCAGCAUGAGAGAGAAGUAGCAGAAAGAAAACGUAAGCAGGAGGAACAGAUGGAAUCCGAGCUGCAGAGUAAAGAAGAAGGCAAGAAACCAGAAGUGAGGAAGACGGAGAAGAAGAGAGAAACAUCAAUGGAUUCUAGGCUUCAAAGGAUACAUGCAGAAAUUAAAAAUUCACUGAAAAUCGACAAUCUUGAUGUGAACAGAUGUAUUGAGGCUCUUGAUGAACUUGCAUCCCUUCAAGUCACAAUGCAGCAAGCUCAGAAACAUACAGAGAUGAUUUUGACCCUGAAGAAGAUACGGAAAUUCAAAGUUAGCCAGGUUAUCAUGGAGAAAUCUACGAUGCUAUAUAACAAGUUCAAGACCAUGUUUCUAGUUGGGGAAGGAGAUUCUGUUCUCUCGCAAGUACUAAAUAAGUCACUUGCUGAGCAGAAGCAGCAUGAGGAAGCCACCAAAACCAAAGAGCAGUGGAAGAAAGGAACAAACAAAAAAGCGGAAAAGGACCAAACAGGUUCUAAGGUACUGAAUGGAGGGUCUGAAACUCGAGACACUGGCCAAGCACAGCACAACGGAGAGAAUAUUGAAGAAAAGAAAGAUAAGCAUGAAGCUGGCAGUAAGAAAAAGACAUCUGGUGAAGAGAGAGAGCUUGAAAAAGCAUCAAAGGAAUCUGCCUUUGAAAACAAAUGACACAACUGGAGAGGUUUUUUUUAAUAAGAUUAAAGAAGAUUGUUAAGUUUUGCAUUUGAAAUCU